GACCCGUCUGCUCCGCUGAAUCCGCGCACCUAGCGCUUCGAGGCUGCCCGCGCGGGGCGGAUCCCAGCCGGUGGUUUCGGCCGCGGGCGCCAACCUCGGGUAACCGCGCCUCCCGACGCCCCCCCCCCCCCCGCCCCCGACGCCGCGCUAUAUGUGGCGGGUCGCGGCCGGCGGGCCAUGGAGCACGCCUGCCGUUCCCCACAAUGGAACCGGCCGAGCGGUUCUUGCUGGACGCGCUCGCCUACCUGGAGGGCGCUCUGGGCUUCCUGUGCUACGUGAUGCUGAAGCUGGUGGGCUCGCCCUACGGGCGCUACGCAUCGCCGCGCUCCGCCUUUCGGCUGCCCGCGCGGGCGGCCUGGGCAGUCCAGGAGCUACCCUCGUUGGCCCUGCCGAUCCUCGCGUGCGCCGGCGCGCCGGCCGAGCGCCUCAGCCGCUGGCCCAACUGCAUCCUCCUGGCCAUGUUCCUCAUCCACUACGCGCAAAGGGCCUUGGUCUUCCCAUUUCUGAUCCGAGGAGGAAAGCCCAUGCCGCUGUACCCUUUUAUACUGGCCUUCCUGUUCUGCACCUACAACGGCUACUUACAGAGCAGGUACUUGAGCCAGUACGCCGUGUAUGCCGACGACUGGGUCACUGACCCCCGAUUUCUAGCAGGUUUCGCCUUGUGGUUAAUAGGCAUGCUGAUAAACAUCCAUUCCGAUCACGUCCUAAGGAACCUCAGGAAACCAGGGGAGACUGGAUAUAAAAUACCAAGGGGGGGCUUGUUUGAGUAUGUCACCGCGGCCAACUACCUCGGGGAGGUCGUGGAGUGGUGCGGCUACGCCCUGGCCAGCUGGUCCGUCCAGGGCUCGGCGUUCGCCCUCUUCACCUUCUGCGUCCUGUUCACCAGGGCUCAGCAACAUCACCAGUGGUACCAUGAGAAAUUUGAAGAUUAUCCAAAAUUCCGAAAAAUCAUGAUUCCGUUUUUGUUUUAGGUUCCUUGUCAAUGCACUUACCUUCCAUUUAAAGCUUUUCAAUGCUAUUUCUCUAGGGAUUAUA